AUGUCAUCUUUCUACCAUUAUAACCAUCAACAACAUGCUGCGAAUGCGCAGUCGGCCUCGUCCCACCACAGCGGCCGUGGGCGCCGAGCACCACGCUUAGCUGCCCACAAACCCUUUCGCAACGUUAGGAAAGAAGAAGAGGCUGCUGUGGUGACGAAUUUCCGACAGCGCUUUGAGUCGAUGCGCUCCUUUGAUCUGGAUGACGAUAUGGAGUUCUGUCCGAAUCUUCUCACCGAGACCGACAUGGUUUCGAUCUCCUCCUCGUCCGAUCGUUCGUCGCUUUCCAGCGGUUCCCCUGAGUCCAGUCCGCAAUCGCACCAAGUAACGCCGGACUCUCACUUUUCUCUCAACUCCAAUUCGAACCCAUACAUUUCCUCUUAUCAAAGUCAACCGACACCUCUCAAGCUGCAUCAACCAUCAGCGACACGGGUUCGUAAUGCUAUCCCCAUCGUCAACCCCAGUACUCGGGGCAUAAACUUGUCGAGUCCCCCUCAAUCGGUGUCGCCCGCCAGGAUGCAAAGCCAGACAAUGGGACGUCGUUGGUAG